UGUGCUCCACAAACGUCGCCGUUACCGGAUCACUCCGGUCAGAGAGUUAUUAUCUCUCCCAAAAUCCAAACGAAACCUCUUUCUCUCCAAUCGUUCUUGCUGAAAAAUGGCGAAGUCGAGAAGUGUCUUGAUCUUGUGCGGUGACUACAUGGAAGACUACGAGGUGAUGGUCCCGUUCCAAGCUUUGCAAGCUUUCGGAGUCUCCGUCCACACCGUCUGCCCCGGUAAGAAAGCUGGUGACUCUUGCCCCACCGCCGUUCACGAUUUCUGUGGCCACCAGACUGUUGGACCUGCUCUUAUUGCUGCAGGGGCCAAGUGGGUCGAACCAGUAACCCCGGAUGUUUGUGUUGUUGAUGGUAGUUUGAUUACUGCUGCUACAUAUGGGGGUCAUCCUGAAUUUAUUCAGCUUUUUGUCAAGGCUCUGGGCGGUCAAAUAACUGGAGCUAAUAAAAGAAUCUUGUUUCUCUGUGGGGAUUAUAUGGAAGACUAUGAAAUCAAAGUCCCUUUCCAGUCCCUUCAAGCGUUGGGAUGUCAAGUUGAUGCGGUUUGCCCAGAGAAGAAGGCUGGUGAUCGCUGCCCAACUGCAAUCCAUGACUUUGAGGGUGACCAAACUUACAGUGAGAAACCAGGCCACACUUUUGCUUUAACUAGUAACUUUGAUGGCCUAGGUUCCUCGAGUUACGAUGCUCUGGUCAUUCCUGGAGGCAGAGCACCUGAAUAUCUGGCCUUGAACGAACAUGUCCUUAACAUAGUUAAAGACUUCAUGAAUUCUGAGAAACCAGUUGCAUCUAUUUGUCAUGGACAACAGAUCUUAGCUGCUGCUGGUGUCCUCAAGGGAAGGAAAUGCACUGCUUAUCCAGCCGUGAAACUGAACGUGGUACUUGGAGGAGGAACUUGGCUAGAACCAGAUCCAAUCCACAGAUGCUUCACUGACGGGAAUCUGGUAACUGGGGCAGCAUGGCCUGGACACCCAGAGUUUGUGUCACAGCUAAUGGCUUUGUUGGGCAUUAAGGUUUCAUUCUAAGUUCCAUGUUAUGUUAUGUAAACAUCCCCUUUCACUCGGAAUCCGUUCAACCCACUUGUUUACUAUGUUGUAAUGUGUGUAAAACUUAAUUUGGCUGUUGCUGCAAUGACAGAUAUUGUAAAACUUAAUUUGGCUCGUAUACAAAAAUAAAUAAAUAAAUAAAGAAGCACUUUUGAAUGACA